GAGGUGGCGAGGGCCUUCAGCUACUACGGCCCUCUCACAAGUGUGUGGAUCGCCCGGAACCCGCCUGGCUUCGCUUUCGUAGAGUUCGAGGACCCCCGGGAUGCGGAGGACGCAGUGCACGGCCUGGAUGGCAAGAAGGUGAUCGCGGGCUCCCGCGUGCGCGUGGAGCUCUCUGCUAGCCGCCCCAGACGCCCAUCGUUUGGCCGUGGCGGUGGCGGGCGAGGUGGAGGCGGCUUCAAUCCCUCUGAUCGCUGCUAUGAGUGCGGGGAGCGUGGCCAUUACGCAUAUGAUUGUGAUAGGCUGGGUUCCCGCCGCAGGAGCCGCUCCCGUUCCGGGGGCAGGAGGCGCUCUCGCUCACGCAGUAGAAGCCGUGGUAGGAGGAGCCCGUCACCUCGCAGGCCUCGCUCCUCCCGCAGGUCGAAGACCAGAUCCCGCUCGAGAUCGCCUGCUCCACGGAGGUCGACUUCCCGCUCUCGCUCUAGGUCCCCAUCCCGAGGGUCCCCAGCCCGGGCAAGACCCGAAGCCGCUUCCAAAAGCCGAUCCAGAUCACCAUCUCCCAGGAAGUGA